CAGCCUUCCCUCUGCUCCCCGACGACACUCCCUCCCUGCGAUAGCUCCGUCCCACCGCCCCUCCAGCGGAGGCGGGGUGGUUUCACAGCCCCUUUACCGGGACCGACCGCACCUCCGCUACCUCCCUCCCCAGCCCUGCGGAAGAGGCUCUAGUUGGGCCGGGCCGGGAGCGGAGACCUGCCCUGCCCCAUCCAGUUUCGCCCAGGUGCGGGGGGAGGGGACGGCAGUUUAACACCGCGCCCGGCUGGGCUGGGAGGAGGAGUCGCCACUGCCGUCGCCGCCGCCAUCACCACCCGCUGCGCGUCCCAGGUGUAACCGGAGCCGGGAGGGCGCGGCGCAGCCACCACCACCACCUGCGGAACCUGUCGGGCGGCUCACAUCGGUUCGCCGCCGCGCACGCACCACUCCGUCUCUUCUGCCCGCGCCUCAGAGGACUUUUCUCCGGCCUCUCCGCGCCCCGCCGCCGGCCAAAGUCAUGAAGCCACUCUGUGGGGCUGCGCUCCUGCUGCUGUUCUGCGCCGCUGUCUGCGCUCAGCAGAGCUCGUGCAUCUGUGAGAAGAACAAGCGUGUCAGCAACUGCAGGCCGCUCAACGGCUCCUGCUGGUGCGACUCGGUGGGCUCCGGCGUGUCCGUGAACUGCGGCACUUUGACUUCAAAAUGCCUGUUGAUGAAAGCAGAAAUGACACGCUCAAAAUCAGGUCGUCGUGAGAAACCAAAAGAUGCAUUUGAAAACACUGAUGGCCUUUAUGAUCCUGAGUGUGAAAAUACUGGUGUUUUCAAGGCAAAGCAGUGCAACGGAACCACCUGUUGGUGUGUGAAUACAGCUGGUGUUAGAAGAACUGACAAACAUGAUGCAGACUUGAAGUGCAAUCGAUUAGUCAGAACGACGUGGAUCAUCAUUGAAAUGAAACACGCAGAGAGAAAUGCUCCUCUGACCACUGAAUCUUUGAACAAGUUCUUCAAGGAAACAAUUACCAGUCGUUAUAUGCUGGACGGACGCUAUAUAAGUAGUGUUCUGUAUGAAAAACCUUACAUUACUAUUGAUUUGAAGCAAGAUUCCUCAGACAAAUCUUCUGGAGAUGUGGAUAUAGCUGAUGUGGCCUACUACUUUGAAAAAGAUGUAAAAGGCGACUCCAUCUUUCAUAAUAAUAAUGGACUAAACAUCAGUAUUGAUAAUGAAGAGCUGCGUUUUGAGAAGACGGUGGUCUACUAUGUUGAUGAAAUAGCACCGGAGUUUUCCAUGAAGUCUCUGACACCUGGCCUCAUUGCUGUCAUUGUAGUAGUAAUAGUAGCAAUAGUUGCUGGAAUUGUGGUUCUGGUCCUCACAAGGAGGAGGAAAGGGAAGUACGUGAAAGCAGAGAUAAAGGAAAUGAAUGAAAUGCAUAGAGGACUGAACACGCCGUAACCAGAUCAACUGAAGACAGAGUAAGAUUCAAACAAGACAACAGCAGAAACAUUAGAGGCAUGGAUCUUAACUCUUAAAAGAUUGCUUCUGAAAGGGAGGCAAUUAUGCUCACUUAAUGAUUGUUAAAACUAACAGCCAAACUGGUAACUGUGCUACUACUUUUACUAUUUGUUGAGUUAAAUGCCCCAUCUUAGAGAAGUCUGUCUAUUGCUCCCUGAUUUUAUUUUUUUUAUGAUGAUGAAAUGAGUUGACAACUGCUGUUACUAGGUUUUGGAGCAUACAUGCUUAAAUGGUUAUUUUACCCUUGUGAGAAUAAUGAUUUUUGUAGCCAUGUUGCAAUGAGACUGUCUCAUGUAUAACUGAAGACAUUUUUACGUUUUUAUGGCUGUUUGUACAUAGUUGAAGUUGCUGUAACUUUUUUAUGACUUGAAUUAAUAAAACUUUGAAACAGG